AUGGGUAAACGAAAAUAUGAAAGCGAGGGCAAGGAGUCCGUUAAGAAAAAUAAAGUUACAGAUAAUCCGGAAAACUCGGAAGAUGUAGAUGAGCAAGAACAACCUCAAAAUCAUCAAAUAAUACAUAACAAAAAUUAUUCACUGAAGCAUGAUUUUGAUAUGAAACAUUUUAGAAAAGAAUUAGCUUCAAAACAGGGGCAGACUAUGGUUUUGACACAGUUCUUGAAUGUUUGUCUAAAUCCAGAUAAUGAGGUUGAUUACAUUUUAGAGUACCUGAAAGUUGGUGGUAACUCACAUGAAAUACUUCGGCAAAUCUCACAAGAGAACAAGAAAAACCUCACUCUAGCAACUCCAGCCUUUCAUUUAUUUCAUCUUAUCAUUCUAAAGGUGCAGUCGUCAUUGCCUCAUCUGAUUACAAUAACAGAAGAAGCAUGUCGAUAUUUUCUUAAUACAUUUAUACCAACGGUUGAGAUAAUGAUAAGCGAAAGUUCGGGUCCACGGCAUAGAAAAAUCGUUCUUAAUCUUCUCACAUCAAUGGUAACACUGAAUUCUGAAUUGGGUGUGGAAAUUCUUAAUCAAGUGCCAUUGACACCUAAACAUUUGCAAUAUAUUAUUGAGAAGCCGAAUUAUAAGGAAAAGGAUAAUGUUAGAACUGCAUUUGUGCAUUUCAUGACAUCAUUUAUAGUAGAAGGUCAUCUGCCACUUAUAAAAGCGUUACUGGAGAAACAAGGCCUCCUUGGACUUGUUAUACCAGGGUUAGUUCAUGAUGAUGCCGAAGCAGUGCUUAUGUUUUUAAACAUUCUUAAAAAGAAUAUUAUUGACAACUCCUUGAUAUCAAAGACAUUGAAGCUUAAAACAUUCAGUCAACAAGUGUUACAUAAUAUGUUUAAAGUGUAUGCAUGGAAAGGACCACCAGAAAUGAGUAUUGAACUUAGAAACAAAUUACGUCCUGAUAUAAUUAGUCUAUUAACAGAUAUCUUGCUCACAUUAUUCACAUCUCAUAGACUUGGUCUCUAUUUCAUUGAUAGCUCAUUAGGAACAACAGAUGCCAAUAAAAAUCAAAAUUUAUAUAAAUCCAUACUUAGCUUAAAAAGACCUUGGGAAAAUGAAAGUGAAUGUGAAGUAAUCCUUCAGAUAAUUUACAAAUGCCCAGAUUUGCACAGAUCAAUCAUUAAUGUUGUUGAACAAAGCUUUCAGCCUCAACAUUCUCCUAUAUGGGAAAAGUGUAUUGAAUUCGUUAUGAAACUGAUGGAUAAACUAAAACCUGAGGAUAUAAUUCAUAGAUUAAAAAAUCUUACACCUUUGCAGACAGCAAAUUUUGUAAGAUUUGUGACACUACCUGUUCCCUUGUUAAAACACAUUCAACCAAAUAUUGGAAAAGAUAGAACAAUUUCUUUAUAUUGUGCUAAAGUGUUAGCGAAGAUGUUGCAGAUGUUAAGGCGUUAUAUGCAAAUUUUGGACAUCGACGAUUCUAAUACACGUGUCGUAGAGCUGAAAAAUAAAUUGGAAUAUUUUCUUCCGAAACAUGUCCCUCCUCCACUUACAAUAGUUUCAUUGAUCAAAGAUGUCAUUAAUGGUUCAAAGGACGAGGAAGAUGUACGUGAUUAUCAUUUACCUAAGUUUGAUGAUGCUGAUGCAUUGUUGAUUCUUGUAGAGUUAUUGCUUCUUUACAAUGACCUACAUCCUGCAUUCUUUGGAUCACUUGAAGGAAAUAUAGAUAUGAAAAGCAUUCUCGAUUACUCAAUGAAAUUGUCCAGUCAGAAAGUAUCACUGUUGAAAUUCAAGAUUGUUUCGUUAUGGUUAAUGCUAGAUAAUUCUGCUGUGUCGACAAAAAAUCCAAUGUUUAAAGACCUGUUUCUUAUAAUGUUAGAUGUUUACACUAAUGAAACCGACAAUACUUGGAUGGAAGCUAAAGAUACGCUACAAAUAUUUUUUAAAAACACAACAGUUUUUGAAGGUGACGAGGAUGAAAUACAUCUGAUUUUGCACACAUUGCGUAAUGUAAAAGUGAAUCCAAUAUCGCUUAUAGGUGAUGUCAUUGAAUAUGCAAUUGAAAACAAAAAGGAACUAACUGAAUUUGUCCGUAACCAGAUUAUUCAUUUCGAAAUAUCAGAUGCGAGUAAAGAAGAAAAUUUAGAUAAAUUGUUUAAUGAUCUAAUGAAAAACAAAAGCAGUGAUGAUAAUGUAUUCUUGGAGAACAAGAUUCCUUCGCCAUUCAUUGUGGGCUGUAUACAAUAUACACAAAAUAAUAAGGAAGCAAAGAAAAAUUUAAAACAAUUUUUAUCUCUUUAUGUUGCUAACUUACUUCACUGCAAUUAUUCGCCAGAGAUGACGGAAAUUCUUAUGGAAGAUUCAAAAUUGGAUGUAAGAAACUAUGUUGCUAGUUGGGUUGGAGAACCAAUGCCCUUAUCAGAAACAAUUGUAGGUAAAGAUAACAUCUUACACAAUCUAUCCCGGUCUCUUAUAGGAAAAGAAGACUUGACACUUAAAGAUGUAUUUACAUUUUUAGAAGAGUCAUCUGAAGAAGACAAAGAUUUAGUGAUUUCUAAUAUUCCACUAAAGAUAAUUAACACCGUUGAUAGCUCCGAAUUGUUGAUAUGGACACAGUAUCUUAUAUUCUGUCUUGUAAAAUUAACCCAGAUGAAUAAAUUAUCUGAAUCUGAAGAAGAAAAACUUAAAAUAUAUAUUGAUUGUAUAAUUGCAACAGGCAAAAAACAUCACAUGUUGCAAUUUUGUCGUAAUGUUAUUUUGAAUAUGUUCAAAAACUCGCAUGUUCUUAACAUUUAUUCACCAAUAGACUUAAAUAAAAGCGAAUCAAACAUUAUUGCGACAAAAUUUCUUCUAUAUGUAAUAUCUCAUCAUUCAGAUAUUAUCAACAAUUUAGAGCAAAAACAAAAUAUUUUAAUACCUUAUAAAAUGAAAAACUACAAAGAAGUAAUGAAAUCGCUAAUUAAGAUAAAGAAAAGAAAACAUAUAAAAUGUGAUCACACUGUAAAAAUCCUUAAAGAAGUUGGUUUACGUAAGGAAGACGAUAUUUUGAUUUUAGAUCAUAUAUUUAAUACAGAUCUCAUUGCUUGUGUUAGAGAUGACAAAGAACCGAGUCUAAUGCUAGAAGUGUUACGCGUAGUUAUCGAAAAAUAUGCAAUAUCUUUGACAUUAGAUCUUCCACAAGACAUGUUGCAAAAAUCUCUUAAUAUGUACACUCAACUUUUGAAAAUAUCUGAGGUUUCAGUAAACUUAAGCGAAAUUGAAAAUGCUUUAAUCGCUUAUUUCGAAAAUAAACCGCAAUUUGUAACAUGCGUGACGCAAGAAAACUUUUCAGCUUUUUUCCAUGCAAACACGAUAAGAAAAUCUACUUCGCAUCUAGCAUCGGUGUUGUUGAAAUUUAAUGACAAAUUCUGUAAUAUUUUUAAAGAAGAGAUCAAUAGGCACGAAAUUAUAAGCCAAAGAGAGUUGACGUUGCCUCUUGGGAAUGCUAUUUUGAAUCAUAAUAUUUUCUUAUCAAAAAACAAAGAGUUUAUGUCAAGAAUUUUUGACGAAUACAAAUCUAAUAUUAAUAAAUAUCUGGAAAAACCACAUAAAGCAGGACAAAUUUAUCUAACCACUUGGAAGUUUAUAAGAAAGUUAAUUAUCGAAAGUAUGGAUGUACAGGAUUGUAAGAAAAUGUUUACUAAGAGCCACAAAUUUGAGGCGGUUGAAAUAGGACAUGUUAACUUAUUUCAAUCGGCAUUUUUAAAAAUAUGUUUGUUUGACGAAGAAUUGAAAAAGGAUUAUCUUAUUAAUUACUUUUUAUCGAUGCUCCAUUUAAUAACAACUGCUAUUAAAGAAAAUGUAGAAGUAAAUGUCUUAAAUGAAAUUGUGUACAAUAUAUUACAAGUGACAUAUGCUUGCCAUUCUAUAGCAGGCUUUCACAUCGAACAGAAGGAGGAGUUCGUUAAAUUAACUGAGAGUUCUGUAUGGCAAAAUUUUUGCAAGUCUGUUUUAAAAGAUUCCUUGAAAGUCAAAACCGCGAAUCAAGUUGUACAAUCUGGACCAAAACUUUUAUGCCUACUGACAAAGCUCGUAAAAUUGUUUUAUCCGAAUAAUCAUGAAGAUAUAAUCACCAUUUUCGAUAUGGUAACAUCGCACUCGGAGUUUUUGAAUGUAAUGCUAAGUCAUCACAGUCCUGAUAUCAAAUCAAGAUUACUCGAGAUCCUUUACGUUUUAAUAUCGCUCAAUAAAUCUGUAAUGAAGUCACAGCAGAUACCAGUUUAUUUGAGCGCAUACGGUGCCACAAGAAGUUCCUGCGACAGACUUAUCUUGUCCAUUUUAUAUUUCUACGAGAGUAAUGAACAACCUGUGAACGAAUAUAAACCUUAUGUUUGGGGAGAUUCCGCUGCAAAUUACUAUGCUGUACGGAAAAACAGAACUUCAUCUUUAUGGGGACAUCCGACCCCAAAUCAAGUGUUAAAUUUAUUUGAUAAAGAUUUAAUCGAAAGGACUGUCAGAAAUUUUCCUGUAACACAAAAAUUGGACUACUUUUAUGAAUUGCCUCAAAACUAUACUGAAGAUUCGUUCAAAAUACUUUUGAGUGAAGGAUCUAAUGAGAUCAAUGUUAAUUCUGUAAAAGAUAACGAAGCUGCAAUUAAGAUAAUACUAGAAAAACAUCGGCUUGAUAAACUCCUGCACGAAUUUAAUGAAAAUGACAUCAUGGGUCUUUCUCAUGCAGAUUCUGAUACAGAAAUAUACGAUCCCAUCUUUGUGUUUUCUUUACUAAGCCAUCUUUUGGCGCCUGGAUCGGUGGCCUCUUGCUUCAAGCUGCUGCGUAUUGGGUUGUUAUCUGUUCCGGUGAUGGCGCUGAGUUCACAUUGUCCUUUAAUGCGAUCUGCGGCGUAUCACGUUCUUCAUAGAUUCUGCAUGCUACUUGAAACUGAAACGAAACACAAAAACGACAAACUGCUCCUAACCGAUUUCAUCACUACGUUGCGCCUAAGUCUGUCGACAGCUAUUACCGCUCAAGCAAACGGCAUCGAUGAAGUUGCUGAUGUAAGAAAUCCUCGACUUCCAGCUGUUGGUGCCCUUUAUCUAGCCAGAGCUUUGAUGGUGUCUACUGCUCCUUUCGACCCUCUUUACAAACCAGUGAACAAUUUCCUAAUAGCAAAGCAGUUUGUUGAUCUUACUACCGUGCCAGAUUUCCUCAGUUUAUUCCAUGAUAGUGACGUAGAAUCGGUGGACAGAAGGCAAUGGAUACUUGAUGUGAUUAGAGAUGGAACCAAGACUAUGACCGAUGUCAAUGUUGUUUUCAAAAGCAUGUGUCUGAAGAUGAUUAUGGACUUCUAUUCUACUGUGUUGUGCGAUAGGAAAACUAAGCAGAGAAUUAUAAGUGCCCUGAAUUCUUUAGUGACAGUGCCGAGAGCUUUUGAAAUAUUAGUAGAAGGUUACGGAUUUUUGUCGUGGUUGCAUUAUACUGUGAGACAUAUUUGUAAAGACGACAAAUAUGUUGUGGUAGAAAUGUUCAAUUUACUCAAGAACAUGCUGUACAGUCUGCGUUUAGUGUCAUUUGCAAAGUAUAUGAAAAAUAAUUUUAAUAAUGUAAGAACUUUUGACGCCGCCGAUGUGAAAACAGAUAAAGACGUGGAAUUUAAGAUUUUGCUUAUAGCUAUUGAACUAGCAAAUCAUUUAGAAGGAUUAGAAGUUGAUGAAGUACAGCAAUAUGUUAGUCUUUAUAAAUUAGUGUCUAAAAAGGCUAUUAAAUUUUUAACAAAAAGACAAAUAUUGAAUUUGAUAAACAAAUGUGUCUUGUUAUUAAAUAUUGAUGAAAGUGUUGUACUGUUAUCGCGUGCUGUUGCUAAUGGAGUUGCUAUGUUAAAGAGUAAAACUAUAGAACAUUUAGAAGAGACGUCUAUAGAGAAUUGUAUUAUUAAAGAUUUAUCCCUUUUAGUGCAAACAUAUUUAGCUUAA